CUUGACAGUCCUAUAAGAAUCGAGACGGCUGCCGUCUCUCUCCGUCUCCCGUUCUCGAAAGCUCUGAGCAUCGUCGGAAAGUUGCAAUGGCAAGCGGAGGAGAAGGCCGCGCCACUCUCGGUCUAACGAAGCCCGUUGCAAUCGAAGUUCCUCAGGUCUCAUUCUCUGCGAAGGAGAUUGAUUUUGCAGAAUGGAAAGGUGAUUUACUCACAAUUGCUGUAUCUGAGAAGGAUAUUUCGAAGGAUGAAGACUCUAAGUUUCUGAAUUCAAUUUUGAAAAAGCUGGAUGGUCAGCUUAACGGUCUUCUCAGUGAAGUUUUGAUUGAGGAAGAUUUCAAGGGAAAAAAUGGGCAGUCUGUGGUUCUUAGGCUUCCUGGAUUUGGUUUUAAAAGGCUGGGUCUUGUUGGGGUGUCUCAAAGCACUUCAUCGUCUUUGGCAGCAAUACAUCGGGAGAUUGGCGAAGCCAUUGCAGCAGCUGCAAAGGCUGCCCAUGCUAGUAGUGCUGCUAUAAUUCUUGCUUCUACAAAUGGAAUUUUGGAUGAAUUCAAGUUAACUGUUGCUUCCGCAAUUUCAACUGGAAUUGUGCUGGGAUAUUAUGAAGACAACAGAUAUAAGUCGGAGUCGAAAAAGUUUUACUUAAAAUCAGUGGAUAUUAUUGGUUUGGGUUCUGGACCAGAGUUCGAUAAGAAGCUGAAGUAUUCAAAUGCUGUUUCCUCAGGAAUUAUCUUUGCCAAAGAGCUUGUGAAUUCGCCCGCCAAUGUGCUUACACCAGCCAUACUGGCAGAAGAAGCUUCAAAAAUUGCUUCCACGUACAGUGAUGUCUUUACUGCAAAAAUAUUAGAUGUGGAGCAAUGCACGGAAUUGAAGAUGGGUUCAUAUCUUGGUGUUGGUGCUGCCUCCUCAAAUCCACCACAUUUCAUCCAUUUAUGUUAUAGACCUCCAAAUGGCGAUGUGAAAACGAAAAUAGCCAUAGUUGGAAAAGGAUUGACGUUUGACAGCGGUGGUUACAACUUAAAGGUUGGGCCAGCUUGCUCAAUAGAUACAAUGAAAUUUGAUAUGGGAGGCUCUGCUGCUGCUUUUGGUGCAGCAAAAGUUAUUGGUCAAAUCAAACCUCCAGGAGUUGAGGUUCAUUUUAUCGUGGCUGCUUGUGAAAAUAUGAUCAGCGGCACAGGCAUGAGACCAGGUGAUAUUGUGACUGCAUCCAAUGGAAAGACAAUUGAGGUUAAUAAUACUGAUGCUGAAGGAAGGCUAACCCUUGCAGACGCUCUGGUAUAUGCUUGUAAUCUAGGUGUCGAAAAGAUUGUUGAUUUGGCAACCCUAACCGGCGCUUGCAUUGUUGCCCUUGGGCCCAGCAUUGCAGGAAUCUUCACUCCCAACGAUGAACUAGCAAAAGAGAUUGCUGCUGCUUCCAUGUUAACCGGUGAGAAAUUCUGGAGGUUGCCUUUGGAGGAGAGUUAUUGGGAGUCAAUGAAGUCGAGUGUUGCUGAUAUGGCUAAUAGUGGAGGCCGUCAUGGCGGCGCUAUCUUGGCUGCACUUUUCCUCAAACAGUUUGUGGAUGAAAAGGUCCAGUGGAUGCAUAUAGAUGUUGCUGGUCCAGUUUGGAAUGAUAAGAAGCGCAUUGCCACAGGGUUUGGUGUAUCAACUUUGGUGGAAUGGGUUCUCAAGAAUUCUUCUUAAAUCAAAUACUGAGAGAUGCAGCAAAUGGAGUAAAACAAACUUUAUUCAGGUUCGGUUCAUGAAAGCAUUAAGAAACAUUCUCAAAUUUACUGCAAAUUAAAGAACUUUGAUCUGAUUUUCUGUUGUCUGAUGUUUUAUUAGUUUGUUAUGUAUUAAUGUUGCUUGUUGUCAUAAUUUUUAUGAUUUGUAGCUGUGAGUGGCCGUGUAAAAUAGCUGAAUUUUGAGUGAAUUUGAAGUGUUGUUAGGCUUUUGGCUUGUUAAAUAAAGAGUCAAAACUUUGUAUUUGUGUU